CGUUCUGCGGGCCGGAUUAGAACCUCUCGCAGGCCGGUUUUGGCCUGCGGGCCGCAUGUUUGACACCCCUGGGCCAGAAUGUUGUAAUUUUCAUUGAUAUCUUGUAUUUCCACUAGGGAGCACUGAAGACUAACAUUUUGGCAGAAUUCAAAAAAGUUGAUUUAAUUGACAUGAAUGGAAAUGUGCAAUUUAUGUAACUUAAGGAAUUGAAACUAUAAACACAUUUAUAUCAUUUUAUAGUAUUUGUUCUUACAAUGUAUUAUGAUACCCUUCGCAGAAUUAUUAUUAUUCUUAUUCUUAUUAUUGUUAUUUUUUAUAGAUAGGUUAACCAGAGAAAACAAAGCUGCCUUUUAAAUUAACGAGGAGAUUUGAACGCAGCAUUAAUGGGAACAACGCUCGCGCACUUAGCAGUUAGCUUACAAACUGCUCGGCUAACAGACAGCUAACAACCCAACUGUUCAGACUUUUCAUUACUUAAUACUUAUUACCUCAAAAUGGGUGCGGAGGACGUUGAAUUUCUGAAUACCCUCAAGGGGAAACGUGUUAAACUGACCCUGAAGACUUCCUCUUACAUCGGUGUCGUCCAACGAAUCAAUUCCAACAAAACCUUGAUUCUAGCCGACGUGAGCGGAAAUACUGGCUGUAAACUUGCUGGCUCUAAACUGUUCUUCGGGCGUGAGAUCCUGAAUGUGGAAUUUUCCAAUGAUGCAAACACUCACAGUGGGAAUGCCCAAGACCACAGGAUUGAGGAGCACUUGAAUGUGGAGAAGUUUCAGCCAUACAGGAAGAUAAUUCCGCUUGUUGAUGAUGAAGAUGAGGAAGAGCACAUCAAGUUUGCAGUGAUAGAUGAGUUUCAUGAGAAAUUUUGGCCCGCUGUGAUGGACAUCAAGAAGCAGCAGGUGAUUGGUGUGGGAGUUAAUGGAAUUCAGGUCUAUCAGCAUGGGAGGCUGUGCUGGCUGCAGAUUGCCACUAAAAACAAAGUCUACCUGUUUGAUAUUCUGGUACUUGGAGCCCAGGCCUUUAAAAAUGGUCUAACCAUGAUCCUGGAGAGUAAACAUAUACUGAAGGUCAUUCAGGACUGCAGAGCUAUUUCUGGAUGCCUGUUUGCUCAGUUUGGAGUACAGCUUACCAAUGUCUUUGACACACAGGUGGCAGAUGUCAUGUGCUUCUACUCAAAGACGGGUGGUUACCUCCCUGAUAGAGUCAGUACUCUGCAGGAAGUGGUGAGUCUCCAUCUGAAAGUACCCUCUUCCCAGCUUAUGUCCCUUCAGAUGAUGUCACAGCUCACAAAGGAAGAACAGGAGAUGUGGCAAAAACGUCCCUGUCCGGUGCCCCUGCUGAAGGUGAUGGCUCUGUCAGUGAUCCACCUUCAGCCUCUCAGACUCGUUCUGCUGGAUGCUCUCAUGAUGGACUACAUGGCCCUGGUGGAUUCAUACAUCAACAGCAGCCACUUCCAGCCUGAUGAGUUAAAGCACGUCACUAUGGAGAGUGUGUUGGAGCUGCCUGAAGAGCUCAGGCAGUUGGAGCAGAUGCAUUUGGAGAAGCAGGAAUGGGCUGCUGCUCGUUACCCUGUCACUGAGAAAGGUCUGCUGGAUCGCUUCCACCCUCGAGCUCAGUCUUCAUCCAACACCUCCUCUGCAGCAGAGCAGUACAUGCAGACAGAGCUAGAUUCCUUUGAGCCUGCACCUUCCUCUACACCAGUGGACCUAAGUCCUCGCAAGCCACUUGUGAGCCCUCCACAUGACCCUGAUGUCAUGUCGGUCAAUGACACUGUCUCACCUGAACCAGCAGCAAAGGCUCCAGUCCACGCUCCACCAUCAGACCCUAGCAAACAAAUGUCUUCUCGCGUUCCCCCGUCUGGAGGAAGAGGAUGCAUGGAGGUGCAGAUGGAUGCACUGGGAAGAGGAAGGCCCUUUGGGAAAGACUCUUCAGUCUCACUCUUGCCUACUAUAGGAAGAGGGUUCCUUCUUCAGAUGUCACAAGCUCAGACAGGGGACAGGGUGACGGCUCCUUUAGGCCCCAACCAUGCAAAAGUUAGCACAGGAGUGAAGCCCCAUGAUGGUCCUGACCGUCUUGAGGACGCCUCAGGCUUCAGUGCACCCCAGUCCCUCUCCUCUCCACCCUUACGGCCAUUCAGGCCUUUCAGUUUUUAAAGGAGGGGCACAAAGCUACAUAUGGACAUGUGUGUUCAAUGUUUCUGUUCCAUUGUUUAUGGUGUCCCACUGUGACCAGUAGAUGGCAGUAAAUAUUCUGUUUUGAUAAAGGGCUCGAUUGAUAAAAGGUGUUUCUGAAGUUU